AUGCACUCUACGAGCUCGGACGACAGCUGGGUACAAAGACAACAGCCACAUAUUCUUGCAGAGAGCGGCCCAGGGGUCAAGCGCUCGCGAACGCGUAGGGUCAAGCUGGGCCAGAAAAACGUCCUUAGCAUCGACUACCCAGUGCCCAGCGCUGUGAAGAAUGCCGUAGAGCUACAAUACCGCAAUUCCGAGGGCGCUGUCCAAGAAGAAUUCACACAAAUGCGCUACACAGCUGCUACUUGCGAUCCGAACGAUUUCACGCUCAAUAACGGGUACAGCCUCCGACCACAGACCUACAACCGCCACACCGAGCUCCUCAUUGCAAUCACCUAUUAUAAUGAAGACAAGACUCUCCUUGCGCGAACUUUACACGGAACAAUGCGCAAUAUCCGCGACAUCUGCAACACAAAAUCAAAGUUCUGGCAUGUCGGAGGGCCUGCGUGGCAGAAGAUUGUCGUCUGUCUUGUGUUUGAUGGAAUUAAUAAUGUCGACACUGAAGUCUUUGACGUCUUGGCGACAAUCGGAAUAUAUCAAGAUGGCGUACUUAAGAAGGAUGUCAAUGGCAAUGAGACUGUUGCACACAUAUUUGAAUACACCAGCCCAUUGUCUGUUACGCCGGACCAAGAGCUCAUUCAACCUAGGAAUGACAAGGGCAGUGCGUGUACGAAUCUGCCACCUGUUCAAUUCAUCUUCUGUCUGAAGCAGAAAAACAGUAAAAAAAUCAACUCACACCGAUGGUUGUUCAACGCUUUCGGGAGGAUCCUAAAUCCAGAAGUUACCAUUCUCAUAGAUGCAGGCACAAAGCCUGGGCCGGGCUCACUACGAGCACUAUGGGAGUCAUUCUACAAUGAUCGGGAUCUAGGUGGUGCUUGCGGCGAAAUUCAUGCAAUGCUGGAAGGUGGCAAGGCCCUUUUGAACCCGCUGGUUGCCAUACAGAAUUUCGAAUACAAGAUCUCCAAUAUUCUCGACAAGCCAUUAGAAAGCGCAUUCGGUUAUGUUAGUGUCCUCCCGGGUGCGUUCUCGGCUUAUCGCUUCCGGGCUAUCAUGGGUCGACCAUUGGAACAGUACUUUCAUGGGGAUCAUACCUUAUCGAAACAGCUCGGUCACAAGGGCAUUGACGGAAUGAACAUCUUUAAGAAGAACAUGUUCCUUGCUGAGGAUCGCAUCCUUUGUUUUGAGCUUGUCGCCAAAGCCGGUCAGAAAUGGCACCUUGGCUACGUCAAAUCAUCCAAGGGUGAAACGGAUGUCCCGGAUGGUGUUGCAGAGUUUAUUGGCCAACGUCGACGGUGGCUGAAUGGAUCCUUCGCUGCAUCCCUUUACUCUAUGAUGCAUUUUGCUCGUCUCUACUCGUCUGGCCACAGCAUCGUACGACUUGCUUUCCUGCACAUACAUCUCCUUUACAAUUUCCUGAAUGUGGUGUUUACGUGGUUCUCGCUCGCCGGCUACUACCUCACAACGACCAUCAUCAUGGAACUCGUCGGCACGCCACAACCCAUUACAAAUUACCACGGCUGGCCCUUCGGCGACAAGGUUACGCCGGUCCUGAACGUGAUCCUUGGCUGGAUCUAUGUUGCUUUCCUCGUUCUUCAAUUCAUCCUAGCACUCGGCAACCGUCCGAAGGGAUCGCGGUACACGUACGUUGCAUCUUUCAUCGUUUUCGGUAUCAUACAAACGUACAUCUUGCUCCUCACGGGAUACCUCGUAUACCGAGCCUUCAGUGCAGCACCAAUUACCGAGCAGAUAUCCUUUGAUUCUCUAGGGGCCUUCUUCAAUAGUUUCUUCGGAGGGGGGACAGGUGUUGCCGGUCUAAUACUGAUCGCCAUCGUGACUAUCUAUGGGCUCAACUUCGUGGCAUCCAUCCUAUAUCUUGAUCCUUGGCAUAUGUUCCAUUCAUUUCCGCAAUACCUUGUACUCAUGUCGACGUAUAUCAACAUCCUCAUGGUGUAUGCCUUCAACAAUUGGCAUGAUGUCAGCUGGGGUACCAAAGGCUCUGAUGUAGCCGACAAAUUACCAUCAGCUCAAACGAUAGCUGGCGAGGCAAACGUCGUAGAGGAAAUUGUGGAGGAGCAGGAAGAUAUCGACAUGAAGUUCAAAAAUGUCGUACUUCGAGCGCUUGCACCGCCCAAGGCCAAGAGUGCCCCCGGAAAGGAAGCCAAACCCGUAGAUGACUCAUACAAGAGCUUCCGCACGGGCUUGGUGUAUUCGUGGCUGCUGUCUAAUCUCAUCCUCAUCCUUAUCGUCACAACAGAUCGAUUCCAGGCGGCGGGUGUGCCUUUGGCGUCCAAGACACGUACGCCAAUCUAUUUCCGAAUUCUGCUGUAUUCGACGGCUGUGCUUUCUAUUCUCCGUUUCCUUGGCUUUCUAGUUUUUCUCGGGAAGACAAUGAUAGCGACAUUGUUGAGGAAAAGGUGA